UUUGGCAUAUUCACAACUAAUGUCAAUUUUAUUUUUUCCGUAAAAACAUCCAAAUUAUGUCUUCGGUGUUUAGAAAAUUAACCACUCGGUUGAAAUCAAAAGAAUUUCGGGAUUAUCUGUUGAGCACCCAUUUUUGGGGUCCUGUAGCUAAUUGGGGCAUUCCCAUAGCCGCUAUAGGCGAUUUCAAAAAGGAUCCCAAAUUUAUUAGCCCAAUUAUGACUGUAGCUCUUUGCCUGUAUUCCGCCAUGUUUAUGAGAUUCGCCUGGAAAGUGGAGCCGAGAAAUCUGCUCCUUUUUGCCUGCCAUUUUACUAAUGAAGGGGCUCAAUUAGUUCAAUUGACCAGGGCCAUAAUUUACAAUUCCCAACAGCACCAAGAGAAAUAAUACAUGUAGUACAACUGCAAUGGGUUUAUAGGUAGCUUCUAUUUUGAUACUAAAAAAAAGAUUUAAAUAUUACCUUUUUUAUACUAAGUAGGAUAAUUUGUUAAAUAUAUUAUAGCCGUAUCUUUUUAGAAGUCGUGUAGACUCAUUGCGAAUUAAAUUCAAAUACGUAUAGAUUUUUUAGGUAAGUAGCAGUUAAAAACAUGUGAUCUUAUAAAAGUCAAUCGUACAAAUUUCUAUUAUCAUUAAUAUUAUUGUACUAGUUCGAUUUUACCUGUCGAAGAAAUACGUAAUUUAGGGCUAUUAAUUUAUUUAAUGCCAAACCUAAACUAUAAAUGUUACUAUAUAUAUUUAUAUAUGUAUAUAUUUGUUUAUACGAUUCUAUUUUUUUGUGAAAUUUUUC